CCCUCAUCCUCUGGCAUCCUCUCAGCUCCUGCUCCAGGCGUCUCCUCCGGGCAUGCUCCUUAAGCCAAAGUAUGGCCGCUUUCGCAACGAGUCUGUGACCUCCUCCUCCGGCGACCUGAUGCACAGCUUAGCCAUGAGCGGCAAAGUUGUGGCCACACCGAUGGUCUCCGUCUCCGCCACCAGCCUCCCUCUGCCCCCCCUGCCUCAUCUGCCUCCCCUGGAUCACAGUGCCAGAGCCUCCUCCUCCUCUGGGGCCGCAGCCCUGGCCGACUCCCCUUGCCUGGACGGGGAUCAGGAGGCCACCACCACCUUCUGCAUGCUCAUCCCCAGGAUGCCCCAGUGGAAGUUCUCCAACUCGCUGCUCAGCCGCAGCCCGUCCAGCUCCAGCUCCAGCAAGGACUCGGGGAAGGCGGCUCCUUCCACAGCCUCACAGAGUUCCUCCCCACACAGGCGCAGUGUUGCGGCCUCCGCCAGUGGCCCGGUGGCCAGCCUCGCUGCGGUGCUUAACUCCUGUGACCCCGUGUGUGUCACCCCCUGCUCCCUGCAGGCGAUCCGGGGGCAGAGGGCGGUGGCAGCUGCACACUCUGCCGGUCCAGGGGGGCACGGGUUUGGGGCUAUGGAGGCCAUGGCGAGCCCCGGGGGUUCCAGCAACUCCAGGUCAGGAAUGAGCCGCCGGACAAGGGUGGAGGGCAUGUGGCUGGGGGGAGAGGACUUCCCCCAGAAGGGAAACUUCAUCCACAAACCCACCCAGGGCUGGCUGCAUGCUGACAACACCAUUGCAGGACCAGGGGCCUCAUAUAUAGUCAGGUACAUGGGCUGUAUUGAAGUGCUGAAGUCAAUGCGCGCCCUGGACUUCAACACGCGGACGCAGGUGACAAGGGAGGCCAUCAACAGGCUGUGUGACACUGUGCCAGGCGGAAAAGGAGCAUGGAGGAAGAAGACCACGAACAAAGCUCUCCAGACUGUGAUGGGGAAGAGUAACCUGCGAUUUGCCGGCAUGAGUAUUGCAGUCAAUAUUUGCAUAGAUGGCCUCGGUCUGCUAAUCCCUACCACACGACAGGUGAUAGCGCACCAUCCCAUGCAGUCCAUCUCCUUCGCCUCAGGAGGAGACACAGACACGCCUGAUUAUGUUGCGUAUGUGGCCAAAGACCCAGUGAACCAGAGAGCGUGUCACAUCCUGGAGUGCUCGGACGGUUUAGCUGAGAGUGUCAUCAGCACCAUCGGCCAGGCCUUCGAGCUGCAGUUCAAACAUUACCUCCACAGUCCUCCCAAAACCAUGAUGUCUAUGGAGAGGUCUGUAAGGACGGAGGAGCCGGUGUGGGCGGAGGAGGAGGACUCAUCUGAGCACAACUACUACAACAGCAUCCCAGGGAAGGAGCCUCCCGUCGGGGGGGUGGUGGACUCCAGGCUGCGGUCCAGUGGAUCUCUGCUGGGUCACAUCCACACACAGCCUCAGAGCAAGACCGCAGCACAGAUGGGCUCACCAGCCAGGAGGGACCAGACCUCUUACCCCCCCGGGCAGCUGUGCUAUGAGCUGCACUGGGACACGGAGACCACCAGCAGCUCAGGUCUGACAUCAGACGGUUACCUGUGUGCUGACGGCCAGCCUCCAGGCAGCAGAGAUUACGAGGAGCAUCAGUACGUGAACACCCAGACUCUGGAGAACCUGGAAUCACUGGCCAACGGAUACAGAGGGUCCAGGGUGCCCGAGAGUCCAAAGAAAGACCUCUUUGACAUGAGGCCCUUCGAGGACGCCCUGAAGCUCCACGAGGCCUGUGGUGGAGCUGUUGGAGCUGUUGGAGCUGUUGGAGCUGCAGGGGGAGGUGCGGGGGUCCUGGAGGAUCAGUGGCCCAGCCCCCCCCGCCGCAGAGCCCCCGUGGCCCCCAACGAGGAGCAGCUGCGCAGGGAGACCUGGUACCACAGCCGCCUGAGCAGGAGAGACGCAGAGAAGCUGCUGGUCAGAGACGGAGACUUCCUGGUCCGGGAGAGCACCACCAACCAGGGGCAGUACGUCCUGACAGGCAUGCACUGUGGCCUCCCCAAACACCUGCUGCUGGUGGACCCCGAGGGCGUGGUCCGGACCAAAGACAUGUUAUUUGAGAGCAUCAGCCACCUCAUAGCGUACCACCUGAAGAACGAGCUGCCUAUCGUGGCAGCAGAGAGCGAGCUGCACCUCAAACAGGUGGUCCGGAGGAAGCUGUGAGACCCCUGGCCCUGCAGGGGACGCUGUUUUCAAAGGUCGCCAUGCAAAAACAACACGGAAAUGAAUGGAAUGAAUAAUCCCCGUAUGGAUAUUCAUCUGGAACAAAGGAUGUCACUGAUUUCCAUGAACAGUUCUUCCAAUUAGAGUGUCUCCUUUUACUUUCUCUGCCUUUUGCCCACAAGGAUCAACCAAACUAUCCCUCGCCUAUCAUAAACUCCUCAGCAUGCAGCUAUUAAGCUAAAACAACAACCAGAAUCUACAAUCUGACAGAUUUCAGACCCGGAAAAUUGUCAAGCAAUGUCAAAAAUGUAAGAGACAUUUAUUUGUAGAGGACCCGACUUCGGGAAAUGGAAAAAGGAUUUGAGGUGACGUCUCAAAAAGCCUGUAAAAGUGAAGUGCUUCCAGUAAACCCCCGCCUAUCACACACCGGACAAAUCAUGGAUAUCACAAGAACAAAGCUGUCAAUCUGCUACAAACACUGUGUACACAUCUGAAGAUGUCAAAUGACUCACUGGGCCAUUUCUAUGUGAAUGAAGGAAAUGAAAAUGCUGCGACUCUAAGAGACAAUUUAAUUUGAAUGUAAAGAGUGUUUGUUGUUACGUGUUUACAGGUCUGCAGUGCCUGACUCUGAGAUGGCACAAUGGAAACAAACCAAGCAUGAUUAAGUGCUGAAUUUAUUAAAAAAAAAAGCCACAUGAUUGUCUGCCUUUUUAGGUUUCAUUGCCGUUGAGGGAAGGAUUUCUGAUUCUCUAUGAUAACCAAGGCACCAAAACUCACUUAAAGGUCACCU